GCUUCUAAAUUGGCGGAGUGGAGUCAAAACACCGGUACUGCAUCGAACGCCAUGCGAUAGGUAUAUAUUAGAUGCCAAGGGCUCAGAAAGGAUUCAAAGUGGUAACUGCGAAGAAUCCGUGUUUAGUGUUGGCUAUAGUUCACGAAGUGCAAUUAUCGUGGAGGAAAACAUAGAACACUUAAAAAACAAGACAAAAAGUGAGUAAGUGCUGCUGCUAUAUUCGACGUUUGCUAAAAAAUGAACGCUUGUGCUGCGCAGUCCUUAACACAAACAUAAUAGGUGGCAGCGUUUAUGUUGCUGAGGAAAUCUCGAACGAAAAUGACCAAGCUGCUGUUAACAAAUGUCAUGCAGUUCAACUGAAGGCCUCUUUGUUUAGCAACACUAUGGUGCCAAUCCGUUCAUAAUCAACAUCCUGGUUUGCUGUCUGCAAACGUUGUAUUUACAUAUCAGUGUUCGAAUACCUGAGUUAGUCAUUUGUACCACAUGUAGGUGCAUAUUCUAAAGAUCAAUGCGCUCCGAUUCCAGUAGAAGGCUUCGUCAUCGGUUUUUACACGCGUUUCCUUUAUGCGUACCUGUUACUUUUGAGUGUUGUAACGGUUUUCCUUAAAGAAUCAGUUAUGUCCAGCUGUGAAGCUCUGACCAUCCUUAAGAUCUUCUAUACGAAACUGCAAUCGGGAACCGUAAAUUUCACGGGAGGAUAUUUGAAGACAGUGUUCAUAUGCGUACACUUCACUAUUUUGCAUCGUUAUAGUAGACCUUAAAGAUGAUCCCCCGAAUGGCUGCAGUUGUAAAGAGAAUAUCUGGUUUCUUUGAAUGUUUGUGUAUAAUUUCAGUGGCAAUGCAGAAGUCAAAAUUAGUUACCACCCUUUAUUUUUUAAUGUGAGGUUUUUGUAGUCCUUGUGAUAACAAGUUUGGUCGUUCAUGUGAUUGAAUGAUGCAAUGCAACUCUUACUUAUUGAUACUUACUGAAAAUAUUUUUUUUUGUGGUUAAGACAACUGUCUCGUGUAUACCCAAGUGUCUAUGCUGCAAUUUCUUUAUCCCUGAAUUACGGAGAAAAAGACGCCAUUGUGCAGAGACGAUAUAACAUAUUUGCAUAGUGCGUUCUUCCUACUAAAUCAACUUGGAUGAUAAGACGUGGAAAUAAGUUAGGUUGACGGCUUCGCAAUGUCUGGGGAGUAUUCACCCCAGCUAGACUCACCAGGCCACUCGGUCACUCCUACCGACGAUAAAAAGAGUCGCAGUAGAUCUAGGAGUGAAUCUCCAGCCAGUGGAUCACACAGCAGUCGCUCGAGAUCUCCCCACUCAAAAUCGCGGAGCAGAUCAAGAUCCCGUUCCGGUUCGGCCGCGUCUCACGCGUCCGCUAAAAGUGGGUCCCGCAAGUCUAGUCCCCGCUCAGGGUCGGCCGCCUCUCGGAAAAGCGGUUCACGAUCCCGUUCGCAUUCACGUUCGGUUACAUCACGCACAUCUCGUAAGAGCGGCUCGCGUUCUGGAUCGGCUGCGUCUCGCACGUCGCAAAAAAGCGUUUCCCGAGGAAGAUCACUUUCCAGCACUGGAUCUCAUGGAAGGUCGCGCAGUGGUUCAGCAAAGAGCGGUUCACGAUCUCGUUCGCGAUCAGGUUCGCGUCGUUCCCGAAGUGGAUCAAAAGUGUCAGGAUCUUGGAGUCGAUCGAGGUCUAGAAAUAGAUCGGGGUCUCGCAGCAGGUCUAGGAGUGGCUCACGAAGAUCACGCAGCGGGUCACGUAGGUCCCGAAGUGGCUCCGGGAGCCGUUCUCAUAGUAGGGGGAGACGAUCUGGCAGUCGUAGCCGCUCGCGAAGCGGGUUAAGACGUUCUCAAAGUGGAAGCCGUUCGCGUUCAAGAAGUGGAUCCCAAAGCAGAAGUGGAUCGCGGAGGUCGCGUAGUGGUUCUGGUUCACGUUCCAGAAGCCACAGCGGAUCGAGAAGGUCUCGUAGCGGAAGUGGUUCGAGAAGUCGAAGUAGAUCUCGUUCUGGAAGUGCAGUCUCCAACAGAUCGAGGUCAGGAAGUAGAAGUGACAGUGAUGAUGAAAUGACCAUUAAAAAAAAGAAGAAAGGAAAGAAAAAGAAAGCUGGACGUAUUUCGGACGCAUCAGAUAACGAAGGGGAAAACGAACUUGUGGCAGAAAUAUUCGGAGAUAGCGGAGAUGAAGGCGAAGGAAUAAAACGAAAAGCUGAAAAUGACGAGGAUGUGGCCCAAGAGGAGCAACCAGCUAAAAAAGCGAAAGGUGAUGUCUCUUCUGAUGAUGAAGGACCGACCUCCGGGGGAACAAGCCACAUGUCUGAUUUCGACCUCAUGUUAGCUCGUAAGAAGGCCGAGCGAACUGGACGUAAGAAACGGAAGGAUGUCGAUAUUAUUAAUGACACCGACGAUAUGAUCGCCGAGUUUCUAAAGGAAAUGAAGCUGAAAGCUGAGGAAGAUCGUGAGCUGAACAAGAAAAAACAAGCUGCUACAAAGAAACUUAUGUAUCUUAGUUUUGUUCUGCCUCAUCUCAAAAAGAUUGAUCUAAAAAUGGCUUUCUUAGAUCAGGGCGUACUUAAUGUCAUUUGUGAUUGGUUAUCACCACUACCAGACAAAUCUCUACCACAUCUUAGCAUCCGAGAAGAAAUGCUAAGACUGCUUGAGGAGUUCCCUGGAGAAGCGCUAGAUCAAGGAAUGCUCAAGUCUUCCGGUAUUGGACGUGCUGUCAUGUAUUUGUAUAAACAUCCGAAAGAAACAAAAAACAACAAGAUCAGAGCAGGAAAGCUUAUCGCGAAAUGGUCUCGACCCAUAUUUAAUUUGAAUACGGACUAUACAACGAUAUCAAAAGAGGAGCGUGAGUCAAAGGAUUACGAACGUUUCCAAUCUGUACGGCGAGCUGAACAAACCGAAAAAGAGCAGACUGCCAGCUCCAGCAAAAAAGGCAAAAAAAACGCUCGGAACGAUGAGGCUAAUAGUGCUAAACCUGGAGAACCCGGUUUUGUAGCUCGAGCUCGUGUACCAAUGCCUUCUAUUAAGGAUUACGUUGUUCGUCCAAAAUGGAACGUAGAUACAGAGUUCAGCAUGAAAAAUGCUGAAAAGAAGAAGACGUCUCGACUUGACAAGCAUGUCAGAGCGUUCCAGGAGCGGAAAAGGCGGUCGCAGGGUCAAAGAUCCGUCACUAUAUCUAUCGAAGGUCGUAAAAUGGCAAUUUAACCUUCCGCCUAAAAGUGUGAUAGUGGGAUAUACAUUGUUUCAAAUAAUAUUUGUUCUUCAUCUAAAUGGGCCUAGCGAAAAAGCUAAACGAAGAUGUCGCCGCUAAUUAAGUCAGACAAGUAUGUUAGUACUUAUGUAAUAAAAAGCGCGUGCAUUAUGCAAAUUAGUUGACGAAUGGUCAUCCCCGAUAAGGAGGCAAAUGCGUUUAUAGAAUAAACAUGCACUCCGGCAUUAACAGCACGCCUGUGUUGAGAGUAGGUCGGAUAAAUUAGAAAGGAUAUAUAACUCAUACUUUAAUAUGUAGUGUCACUAUGUAUGUUCAUGAAGAGCAAUUGUAGGAUUUUGUUUUUAAGCUGGAGGGUCAUGGCGAUUAACAUCACAGGACGCACAGAGUCAGAAAGGUUGCAUGACAUGGCUGUGUGUAUAAGCCAUGGAAACAGUAUGGCAGUUGUGAUCUAAAGAGUUUCCUGUAAAUAAAUCUAGACAUUGAAAAUAUAUGUAAAAACCGAUAUGUAUUAAUUUUAUGAUCAGUAGGAUUUUCACGCAAAAUGCGCGCGAGAAACACAGUACUGUAGAACUUGGGUAUUUCCUUCUGACCUCGAUAAAAAUAUUAUUCCUUUUAAAAUAUCUUUAUUAAUAUUUAGAAAUAACGAAUUUAAGAGAAUUAAACCUUAAGUGAGGUGCUCUCGAUAUCCAGUAUUCUUUCCAUCAAAUUCGGAUAAAUGCGUAUACAUUCGUGGAAACCAUUUUAAGAACAGUUCGAAUAUUUCUUUUUGCAUGCAGGAUUGACUUGAGAAGAAAAUACUGUAGUUUGAUGGUAGAAUGAUUUACCUAUGAGAAUUCCCCAUAAACUCUGAGAUAUACCGAAAGGGAGAUUGUAUUUUUAAACAGUCAUUUCAAUUACAAAAAUGAUGAAUGAAUUUGUGAAACAAUUUCUCUUCUCUAAAGAAGAAAAAUGUAAAAGCGGCUUAGCGUUUUUAGCUUGUUGUUUAAAAAACUACUUUUUUUUUUGAGUCAAACGUAAUUUCAUCUCCAGUAAACAGUUGACUUUUGGAGUCAAUCCACGUUUACACAUUGCCAAAUUGCUUGGUUUUUAAAUGGCCUAACAUUUGGUUAGAUUUUUGAAAGUUAACAUCUACAACACUUUGAGAUGACCAACUUCCUACAAAGAAAACGAGUCAACGGUAGUUACUGGAAAUGCGUGAUUAUUGACAGUAGGACAUAGCAUGCUUGCUAAAGAGUAAGAGCAUGACUAAAACAUGGCAGUGUAAUACGCCAAUCGGUAAUCGAAAAAUUGAAACAAAUUCACUUAUAUUUUUCAAUUAUUCCGAUACAGACUAUCUUGGCUGAAACACGAGAAAAUACCUUAACUGGGAAAUCGAUCGCUUAGCACGGUAAUGGGCUAACAUAGAAAAUGAAGGAAGCGACUCAAAUACUUCUCCGAGAUUGAUAAAACCAGGUAAUGGAAGAACAGCGUAGGGAAAAUUGCGCUGUGACAAUAAGGAGCACUGCACUGGAUAACAAACACAACAUUGUUUUUAGAACAAAUGUAUUAUCAGGUUUUCUUUAUUACAAAUUCUUACAAAUGUAUUAUCAGGUUUCUGCAAGUCUCCUUUUGUAUUGCGC